CGCCACUCACACCGAAACGUAUGAGGGCUCAAUUCCAGCCUCAGUUUGUUGAGGAUUUUCUUGAGUUCUGGUUCUUUGGCUGUGUCUACGACCCAUAUCAGGCUCAGUGCCUUCGCUAUACCGAGGACCGGGUUUGCUUCUGCGUUCUGGGCUCCAGGUGGUGAUCUGGAUUACGAUCUAGGGUUUUGUUAAUUUUUAGUUAUGCUGUGACUUGUACUUGGUUGCAAGGGUAAAGUUAUAACCAGGUUCUAGGCGGUGGUCUGGCUUCAAGUUUUAGGGUUUAGAUCCAGGUUUGGGGCAGGGUCUUUAUACAAUUAUCCAAGUUUCAGAUCUUGGUCCAGAAUACGAUAUUUUUGGGUUUUGUUUGUGAGAGCAGAAUGGGAUCCAGUUUUUUCGGCUUUUAUUUCUAAUUCUGUAAAACACUUUUACCAGGGUUCCUUUUGUCCUCUUUUGCUUCUCAGUUAAAAGCUAAAAUUUAGUGCUGGGUUGGGGUUUCAGGAUUAAUUCUCUGAGUCUUGAUCUUGGGUUAUCAUUGUGCGCUCUGCGUUCUGCAGUUAGGUUUAUGUCAGAGUCUGGUUUGAGGUUCUGAGUUCCAAUUUAGCAUUUUUUUGUUUGAAUAUUUUUUUUAAUUCAUUCUGGGAUUUGGGUUGCGUCCGGAUUUCAAGGUCCGCAUUCGGAUCGGCUGCAGAAUUUAGCGUCAAUAUCUUUCGGGGUCCCGCGUCGAGAGUUUGUUUUUUUCGGGAGUUCGGGUUCUCGCCUCCCAAGUUCCGAGUUCCAGGUUCUGACUCCGGUGCAGGAUGGGGGGAUUCGAGGAGUCUGAGGGGGGCAGCUGCUGCUCUGGAUUUCUCGACUACGAGACGCCAAAGAGCGUGGUGGUGAAGAGCAGAGGCCUCGGCGUCGCCUAUCGCAUCGGACAGAUGCUCAUCCUGGCUUAUUUCAUAGGGUACGUGUUCGUGUACCAGAAGGCAUACCAGGCAACUGACAUCGUGAGCGAGGUCUCCAUCAUCACGAAGGUGAAGGGAGUGGCGGCGGUCGGGGACGUGGGCACGGAGACGCGGCGCGUGUGGGAUGUGGCAGAGUACGUCUCUCCCGCGCAGGGUUCUAGCAGUUUUGCCAUCAUCACAAACGUGCACGUGACGCCGGAACAGACCCUCGGCAAUUGUCCUGAGGACGGAGAAAACAAAUUCGCGAAGUGCACAAACGACACAAACUGCCUUCCCAGGCACAACGAUCACCUCUAUAGCGGAGAGAAGACUGGACGCUGCGUGCCGUUUGACAAGAACGUGUCCACAUGCGAAGUGAACGCCUGGUGCCCAGUGGAGGUGGAGGGAAAGAACAUGGGAAAGCGUCUGCUGCGGUCGGCAGAAAACUUCACCAUUCUCAUCAAGAACAACAUCCGCUUCCCCAAGUUCAACGUCUCAAAGGGGAACCUGCCGGAGGACAUGGACAAGAAUUUCCUAAAGUCGUGCCACCACCACCCGAAGCACAACAACCUGUGCCCCAUUUUUUCCCUGCGCGACAUCCUAAAGGGCGCUGGGCAAGACUUCAAAAGCAUCGGGACCAAUGGUGGAGUUCUGGGCGUGCUCAUAGACUGGAGGUGCAACUUCGAUUUCAACGCCUCGUUCUGCGAGCCGCUCUACUCGUUCCGACGCCUCGACACGGUGUCCAAGCAGAACCCCGUGGGCUCAGGGUACAACUUCCGGUUCGCUAAGCACUACGUCUUCCCCAACGGCACAGAGCACCGCACGCUCAUCAAGGCGUACGGAGUGCGCAUCGACAUCCUCGUGUCUGGCCAGGCCGGGAGAUUUGACAUCAUCCCAACCAUCAUCAACCUCGUGGCAGCUCUCACUUCAGUUGGAGUAGCAUCCAUCAUCUGUGACUGGGUGCUUUUGAACAUCAUGCGUCAGCGCUCCGUCUACCGGCAGAGCAAGUUCGAGGAGGUCACCUCCUCCCAGCAGUGCAAAUCCAGCAUGGAGUUUUCACCGUCGCCCUCACAGACGGUCGCGGUCGCGAGGGUGAACGGCAUCCCCAGCAGCUACCCCUCCUCUGACGACUCCAUCCUGUGAUCUGUCUCUCCACGACGCACCUCCAAUUACCACCAGCCCAUCCAAUUAGCACCAGCACCUCCAAUUAGCACCGACACCUCCAAUUAUUACCUCCACCUCCCAUGAGCACCUCCACCUCCGAUUAACACCCAGAAUUCCUAUUAGCACCAACACCUCUGCUUAUAACCCACACCCUCACUUAACACGGGCGGCUACGUACGGUGCGAAAGAAGUUGAACAUACAUAUGCAUGCAUUCUAGAUUUGAAGUUUUCGUGACUGCAAGGGUCCAUAUUCUUUGUGUUUUUUUUUCGGUAAAGUCACGUAGUAAAAAAAUAAAUGAAAAAAUAAAGAAAAGAAAGAAUGUAAAUGAAUUAAAUCAUAUUUUUAUUUUUUACCUACGUGACUUUACCGAAAAAACCCAAAGAGUAUAUGCAUACAUGCGUACUCGCCCGAAACCCCCGCUUGGCUGAGACAUCGGUCACGACACAUUCUCGUGAUCAUUCGCCUUCUGCUAGAGCUACAUCUCCAAGAUGUUCUACCCCGAGUCCCGUUAUAUCUUGAGUGUUGAGGCUCAAGCAAGACACUGAUGGUGAAACACGGUCUUCUGGACGCAAAGCUUACGAUACUGAUCUUGAGACAGAAGUUUUUAGAAUUAAGUUUGAAUUAAGACAGUGAUCCUUAAACCUAGUCGUCUAGAGCUGGGUAUUGAGAAACUAGUCUCCUCGAAUGUUAUUGCAGUAUGUAUGAUGCUGGAUGCAAUUACCAGCGAAACGUCGUACUCAAAAAUUGUAAAUGUUGUGGUUUCACGCUUCAACACACCGGUGGGCUAAAGCAGUGAACUAUUUGUCUUUUGUCAACGUGACACUUUUUUACUGAUUGGCCGUGUCGGGUGGUGGAGGGUUACGACACAUUUAUAAAUAACGCGAUCUAAACCCAAAAACGUUGAUAAUUAAUAUUGGUCGCGAUGGCCUACGUGUUAAACUGUAUGUAUGUAUGUUGUACUUCUUUCGCACCGUAUGUAGCCAACCAUGCUCAUCGGAACUGCAGUCAACAGUGAUUCUGAAGCAUGGUCGUUCAGAGCCAAGUUGAGACAUAGUGAACCCGAGUUCUUCUAGGGUCAUAUCUUGAGAAAUACAUCUGGAGCAAUGUCUCAAUCAGUACGUCAGUCCUGAUGACUAUCUUUGAGCAAAGGUCAAAUAUGCUCCACCUGAUGCCCCAUACUCCUGGAGCAAAGUUCUGAGAUGCUGAUUCUGAAACUCAUUGCCGAGUUACCAUUGACAUCGAACUCGAGGGAAUGUGAGUUCACCUGAACUCGAGUUAAACUCAAAUUGGUGACACAAAACGAGUGAUGUGGCUCAUGGAAAUGCGGAAUUAGUUGCCCAGCUCAAGGUUCUAUGACACGAAUCCUAAAACUUGCUGUCAUGUUUCUGGAUCUCAAGAUUUUUAAAUCUGAAACCUGACCUCCUGACAUUGCCAGUUAAUGUCAUUUCAAACAUACUCCCUGUAGGCCAGGGCUUUGUGGAGGUCCUCUACAAACCCCAAGAUCAGACGGAGUAAAUUUGGAUGGGUACAGGGCGGGAAUAGAGUGGAUCAGGGUUUGAAAGAUUGCAUAUGGAUGAGAAUGGAUAUGGGUUACGGACAGUAAAUCCAGUUCAUUGGAAGUGGGUCGAGUUUAAGAUUAUUCAAAGUGAGUGGAACCUCAUUGAAAUGGAUUUUUAUUAUGCCGAUGUAAAUCCUGGUUAUAGAUUGUCAUGAAUAGAUCUACUUUAGAGGAGAGUCUUGCUAUUGUGCAUGUGAAUGUAACCUAUUCAACUGUAAUUAAUAAACGUA